GCGUCGCCGGAGGGAAGGUGGAGGAGGGGGUCUGGCGCGCGCCCGGGCAAUCUCGGGGGGCGGGGGGAGGAGGCACCCUCUCCCGCCCGCGCCACGCGGCUCAGCCAAUGGGAGCGCGGGCCCCCGAGCUUCGCCGCCGUCCGCCGUCCGCCGCCCCUGGUGCUGAAAACGGCUUCCGCGCGCUCCCCUCCGGACCGCGCCAGCGCGCGCCGCCGUCACUGCCGCUGCUCCUGCCGCCGCCGCCUCCAGGACCAUGGCCCCACACUCUGUGUCCGCGGGGGCCCCGCCGCGACUCUUCACUUGGGACGAGGUGGCGCAGCGCUCGGGGCGCCCCGAGCGCUGGCUAGUGAUUGACCGCAAGGUCUACGACAUCAGCGAGUUUAGUCAGAGGCACCCAGGAGGCUCGCGGGUUAUCAGUCACUACGCCGGCCAGGAUGCCACGGAUCCCUUCACGGCAUUCCACAUCGACAAAUCCUUGGUUCGGAAGUACAUGAAUUCACUGCUGAUCGGGGAGCUGGCUCCUGACCAGCCCAGCUUUGAGCCCAACAAGAACAAACAACUGACGGAUGAGUUCCGAGAGCUGAGGGCCACCGUGGAGAGGAUGGGGCUCAUGAAGGCCAGCCCCCUGUUCUUCAGCCUCUACCUGCUGCACAUCCUGCUUCUGGAUGUGGCCGCCUGGCUCACGCUCUGGGUCUUCGGGACGUCGAUGGUUCCCUUCCUCAUCAGUGCGGUGCUACUCAGCACAGUCCAGGCCCAGGCGGGCUGGCUGCAGCACGACUUCGGGCACCUGUCUGUGUGCCGCACGUCCACGUGGAACCACCUGAUCCAUCACUUUGUGAUCGGCCACCUGAAGGGAGCCCCGGCCAGCUGGUGGAACCACCUGCACUUCCAGCAUCACGCCAAGCCCAACUGCUUCCGUAAGGACCCCGACAUCAACAUGCACCCCUUCUUCUUCGCCCUGGGGAAGGUUCUGUCUGUGGAGCUCGGGAAGCAAAAGAAGAAAUACCUGCCAUACAACCACCAGCACAAGUACUUCUUCCUGAUCGGGCCCCCCGCCCUGCUGCCGGUCUAUUUCCAGUGGUACAUCUUCUACUUCGUGGUCCAGCGCAAGAAGUGGGUGGACUUAGCCUGGAUGAUCUCCUUCUACCUGCGGAUUUCCCUGACUUAUAUCCCCCUGUUGGGCCUCAAAGGCUUCCUGGGCCUCUUCUUCAUUGUCAGGUUCCUGGAGAGCAACUGGUUCGUGUGGGUGACCCAGAUGAACCACAUCCCCAUGCACAUUGACCACGACAGGAACGUGGACUGGGUGUCCACUCAGCUACAGGCCACGUGUAACGUGCACGAGUCCUUCUUCAAUGACUGGUUCAGUGGACACCUCAACUUCCAGAUUGAGCACCAUCUUUUCCCCACCAUGCCAAGACACAAUUACCACAAAGUGGCCCCGUUGGUGCGGUCCUUAUGUGCCAAGCAUGGCAUCGAGUACCAGUCCAAGCCUCUGCUUUCCGCCUUUGCCGAUAUUGUCCACUCACUGAAGGAGUCUGGACAGCUCUGGCUGGAUGCCUAUCUUCAAAAGUAAAGCAGGAAUCUCUGGAAGAGGAGGAAGAGGGGCUCUUGUGCCAGAAGCAGGGGGAAGGAAAAGGGACUUUGCCACUUCAAUUUUCAUUUCCAGCACAGACUGGGAAGAUGGGGAAGGAAUGAUUAGGGGUUCUGCCCCUACUGACUCCCCUUUAUCUGCUAAGGUCAUAGUUUGGGGCCAGGAGGGGAAAUCAUGGCAAGACAAUGAGGAGAAGCCUUUCGGUGGCCGGUGACGUUCUGGAUCCUUUCUAGGUGGGCAGGGAGUAAACCGAGCAAGAGCAAGAACAAUGAACUUCGAGUCAAGAAAGAUUUAGAAAAAACAUUUGACCACUUGGGGUUCAUCAGAGGAACCAUACCCCGAAGUCAGAGGAGGGAGAGGCCAAGCUGAAUCCCCCCAGCAAUAGGGGCUGCUGUUUUCCCCAUUCCCCCCCCCCCACCCCAGCUCCAGAAUGAUUGGCACACUAGCAAGAGAAGAGUGGCACUUGGAGGCUUUGAAUAAUGCGUCCAAACCUAGAAUUCCUAACCUGUUGCUUGGAGCCAUAUUCCAAGGCACAGGCCCAUAGCACAGCCUCUAGAAGUGAGAAGCCCCCCCACACACACACACAAGCAUCUCCAGGGGGCGCUUGGGGAAUCAAUGGGGGAGAGAUGUUCCUUGCUCCGCUGUUGUCUGCCCCCUAUGCCGUACCCAGGAUGCACAAAGUGGAUUUGGUUCUAACUGUGGCCCGUAACUUCCCACGUGGCACACAAAGCGGCUGCUUCAUUGGAAGAUCCCCAACACUCCAUUUCCCCUCCAUCGCCACCUAAAGAACUCCAGGAGCUGGGUAGCCCGGAGUUAUUCCAGGCCUCCAGGAGGCUUCACAGGACAGCUAGGCUUUCCCCACUCUUCUCCCUAUUUGCCUGUCCACAAGUUCUAAGUCAUGGAACUGUAGCCAGCCAGGAUGAAGGCUAGGAAAGGCUUCCACAGGGAAGUCCACAGGGACGGGGGUGGUUGGGUCGUGCUAUGAGCCUAAAUUACCCGAAGGUAGGACAAUGAAGGCCAGGCAUGUGGGCUCAUUGGAACAUUGGUGCCCCGCCUUGGCUGGUGCCACAUGCAGACACCAACUCCCAGCAGAGGGAAAUAACCUUUGGCUCUGCGUGUCUGAGAGGAUACUGGGGAGCCGACUCGCUCGUUCUGUCAGCAACAUUCCAAGCCUUCCCAACUCCCGGCAGGUCCCAAACAAUAAGUAAGGGCCUCGAUCCUUCUCUCCCCUGGCAGAUGGAUCAUCUGGCAAUCAUGGCGGGGGAUCCUGCAACCCCUUCAGGGCAAUAAAAAGGCCCAGAGACCAUCUUGAGUGAGGGAGCAGUUAGGGCACAGCCUGGAUGGCUGAGUGGGCCUCCAAGAUGGGUCUGAUAGGUGCGAGCUUGCUGGCUGGCUGGGCCACGGAAGGGUGGCUUUGAGGCUGCGUGUAUCGGAAUGUAGAUGGAAGUUCAGAGGGGUUAAAUGUAUUUUUCCAAGUAGACUAUCCUUCAUUUGGUCUUGCCAGGCAAUGCCAACAAGCCCCAUCUUGGUCCAGGCUGCCGCCCCCAAUUCCCUGGCUCUCACUCCAGGACCAGAGGUGCUAGGGAGUUCUCCUUGCUACCCACUGCCUCCUAGGCUUUGGUGCUACCAAGAGGGGGCCACAUGACUCUUGUAAGAAUUUCAGUCACCCUGGGGACCCCAAUCUUUAAGGUGGCCUUGUGUGCUGUACCAAGGCCUGCCUACACUACUUUUCAACAGUGUGGCCUUCCCUCUUCUUGGCCUUGCCCUUUGGUCCCUCAGUAGCAGUGGGAAUGACCUGUAACAGGCUUCAGAAAAGGGCGCAAACAUCUCCCCCAUCUUGUUCGGUUUCGUCUCGUCUUCCCAGAUCCCAUCAGGUGGCAGCGACUUCUGCUAGACCUGGUUCAGUGCCUGUGCCAAUGAUGCUGUUUAAAAAUCAAGGCUGUAACGAUGCUGAUGAAUAAAAUGAUGUUUGCUCCAACA